AUGACAUCUGUAGGAAAGAGUGAACUCUUGACAUGGCUAGCGAAUAGCGCUGGCUACGCAUCUAUUUCAGACUGGAGCGUGAUGACAGACGGUGUUGCGGUCAUGCGAUGCAUUAGGAAGUUCUGGCCAAUCACCUGCAGAGGUAUCAUCACCGGUGGUUUUAACUGGACAAUAACUGAGGAAGAAGAGAAGAGGCGAAACUGGAGAGUGAUAGAACAGUGUCUUAAAGCUGUGACAGUUCCCAUUGAAAUCUUUGAGUUUGGAAAGAUUGCACAAGGAAAGAAAAAGGCAUGCUACCACUUCCUCGUCAUGAUGUACUUUAUUGGGGCAAUCCACUCUGGGACUGCAAAGAACAUUGCAUUUGCAUAUCCUAUUGAGGCACCGUUGAAGGAAUUUUUGCAAAGUGAAAGGGUUGUAAAGGUUGCGCAGAUGGAUGCUCAGAAGCGGCACCACCAGCGCAAGCCUAAAUGUUAUAGCACUACUCCAAGUAAUUUGACCAUGAUUGAUGCAGACGAGUGUGAUGAUAUAUUUGAACCCCUGAACUUUUCGACAAAAGACUUGGUCAACAUCUUUGCGGAUACAGAUUUUUGCACCAGCCCGAAUACCAAGACGCCCAAUCGUCAUCACCCGUCUGGUCUCGUGCAUUUGCAACUUGCAGGAGAGAAGGUGAAGAGUGUUCUAUCACAGAACAUAGCAGCUACUGCAAAAACCGUACGUGAGGGAGAAGAGUAUUCUGCCAUGUCUCCCUGCAAGUCUGUCAGUUCGUCCGUUUCUAAGCCCCCAAUAUCACCUGAAGAGCACCCUGAUACUGUUAAAUCCUUCAAAACGCGUGAGAGCUCUGUUACAUCUUUGCAUGGUAGGGAAAGUGUUACAAUAUCAGAAGGAAGCACAUGCAAGCACCGCUCUUCGCAAGACGAAUCUUUUCGUUCAUGCCCGCAGUUUAUUACACCUUCUCAUUCCAUUUCAGAAGACCGCGAAGAUAUUGCUAAAGAGGAGUUUCAAGCAGUUCAUCCCAGCCCUAAAAAACUAUCGCCACCAAACUCUUUUGCUGCCAUAAAGGCCGCAGCUACCGCUGCAGUACUUAACGCGAGCAGGGGUCCAAUGGAAUCAUCAACCAGCAGCGUGAUACAUCAACUUCCAGAACAGGUCGGCAUUCCCUCUAUUCAGAAUCAUGCCAUUAGACGAUUCAUCGCAACAUCCAAGCCGUCCCUCAGCGGAUCUCCUCGUCCAGCAAGCGAAAAGACUCCACUAUCUCGAAAUGAUGGCUCGCUUCGCCAAGUAUCUGCAAGAUCCAGGCCAUCAGCCUUUCGGACAUCCACAGUUACCCAUUCGGGCUGCUCUGCUGGGAUUUCUCCUUCUUGUAGCCCUUCAGUAUCUCGCUAUAUGCGUCUCAAUAGCCCAUCUACCGGUGUUUCCCGUUUUCACGAUAAUGGAGCCCAUUAUCAGGAAUCCGGUUUGAAGAUUAACUAUCUUUAUGACUCUAAAAAAGAAGCUACCAGCUCUAUUUCGUCAAUAUGUUCUUCCAUGAACAACUCAUCUGCAGCUACACUUUCAUUAUUACAAACAGACGAGAAAGCUCAGGCCUAUGUAGAAAAGGUCGGUACGAUGUUGCAGCAGUUGAAUUCAAAAGAUGCUAACACAAUUGAGGUAAAAACGGCCACGUCUUCAAAGCCACCUCAUAUGGCAGGUUUGGCUCUUCUCUCAUUUAGUAAUUCAGAUGCCUCAGAGGGGGCAUCCGAUUUGCAAAUGGGGCUCGAUACCGGUGCGGCAAAUUCAUCUAAAGAAGCUAGCACAACAGUAGCCCCCCAAAGAACGUCAAGCGCUAACAGCAAUCUACGCUCUAGUAUGCUCUCCCACACACCCUCAAAAUCUAGCACCGCUGAUUGCUUUUCCUGCCCUUCAAGCGAAGAAAUUAGCAAUGAGGUCAAUUCUACUGUGAGUUCUAUGAAGCCACUUGGCGAACAAAAGUCGCUAGCUGACUACGAAAGGGGAUCAAGCGUACCUAAAAAUCUUCCUCGCUGGCCAAGCAAGAAGGUGACCAAAGGAAUCUCUCCGAUUGCACCAACAGAUCCUUCUACCAGCACAACCUCUUUUAUCAACCAAACUCAUGGACUUGAUGUUACAAACUCCCUUCUAAACGAUACUAAGCUGACGCUAACAAGCAGUAACACAGUCAACGUCUCUAAUAUUGUUUCAAUGUAUAGUUCAGACUGCCCCACCAGUAUCCUAAGUUCCGGAAUUCAAGGCUCUGGCAUUAGUCUUGUUAGUUCCAGCAAUGGAAGCAUGGCACCGACGAAUACAAGCAUGGCAGAUGUAGAAAAGGCUACCCAAAGUGUGAAAUAUCUUGGGCCAUCUUCUGAAAAGCCUGCGGAAACAGACCUUGUUUACGACCUUUCAUCUAAGCCUAGCAUGGUUAAUCUUUUGCAUUCUCAAUUUGGUGCGUUUCCAGUUGCAGUUGAUAGUAGUACCAGCAUUCCAAUGGUUAUAAGCUCUUUCAGUAGUACUUAUUCUCAGCCACCUCCUCCGGCACCAAAUCCUAGAUCGUUGGCCAUUAAUUUACAAAGAGUACACCAAGAAGUAUCCUUACCAAGUGCACUACCCCCUGCCGAACAGCGUGAGCUUUCAUCUCUUAAAACAAGUGGGGAUCUGAUUAAUUGUGGCUCGCCCGUGAUAGAGCAUACUCAAAAUCUCCAGUCAUCUACAAGCUUUCCAGAUAAUAUUUCACUGAGUCUUAACGUUGGUGAUGCAUCUAGAUAUUCAGGGGCCUAUCUAACAGGCUCCACAAAGCAAUGUCUGCCCUCGUCUGCUUCUGAUACGUUUCUGUUUGCCAGCUCCACAAGCGGCCUUGGACUUACUGGCGGAACACAUAGCCUUUUCACUGAUUUACAAGAGGCUCGUGAGGGCACAGCAAACAUACUCAAGAUAACUAAUAAUAUGGAUGAACAGCACCCUUCUAGUCAGAGCACUCCGUAUAGUAUUAACACAAGCCUAUACACAAGCGAAAGUAACCAUAAUAUUCCCAGCACAGAGUCCUUAGAUAAGCAUAAGGUUACCAGCGGACGACCGCAACCAUCCAUACCUAUUCUGCUUACUUCUGGGAGCAUUGCCGAUAGACCCUCUUUCAUACCUCGCUCUCAGGCCCCUCCGUCAGCGUCUGUGGGCCAGAGCCAAUCGUCGUUGGAUCCAGAACAAGUUGCUGACAUGGCUCUUAUCAAGUCUGUUUGCAACAAAUUCAAUGACAUGGAAGAGCUAUCUCGCCAAAAGGACGUACAAAUUGAUAGCUAUGGAGACCUUCUUGUUAAUCUUGAGGAGAUGUUCAGAAUUUCAAAGGAAGAAGCUGCGAGGAUUCAAGAAAUUUACGACAAAAAGAUUAGGUUUUUGGACAAGUUUUCCACCAAAAAGGCAUUCAUCAUUGCACACGCUUUGCACACAGAGUUUCUCAAGAAGAAGUUCUCUCUCAACGGAGUAGAAGAGAAAGAAGAACUAAAGGACUUCCAGAACAUGCUUUUAAGCUAUCAGAGUGUAGUUGCAAAAUAUACAGAUGAACUGAAGACGUUUGAGGCCUCGUUACGAGACGAUCUGUUUUCGUUGUCAAAAUUUGAAGAGAAGUAUAAUGAUUUGACAAAUAACAAGUACAUUGCAGCGCUUAAAGCGAUGAAUACAGAGCUUGCCCUAAAGCUUGGACAAGCAACGGAAGAGCUAGCCCAACUAACGAACCUAUCCAUGAACAAUGCAUUGUCUAAUACUAGCCCUGUUGCUGACCUGCAUCGCUCAGGCCCCGAGGUUGAUUCUCCAGAUCUCUGCUUUGCAGCUAGUCGCAUACCAGCUGCUGUCACAGAGACUGCCUUUAGUCAUCUUCGCAACCCUACAAAUCUUUCUCCAUCUUCAUCACAGACAUCCCAGGUUCUUCAACCAGGUAGCCUAACAAUAGACACUUUUAUCAAGACUCUUGUCAUGAAUAGUCAGCUCCUCACAAAACUGGAGGACACAAUAAGCGAACUGGAUAGAUACAAAGCACAUUCCGGGAUAAUUGAUCCUAUCAAUAUGGAGUUGGCUACCUUGGCACUGGCGUCAACUGCUAUGACCAGUACUAAUCCAGAACAUGCUCUCAAAAACUAUGAAAGUAGUAUCUUGCAUGUCUUGCAACUGCUGAAAAGUAGCGCCAAUCAUUAUCUAGACCAAGAUGCAGCGGCCAUCAUCAUCAAAAACCUUGGGUUGGAAAAUGUGGUUCUUCCAUCAGUCGUCAAGUCUAUUAUAGAUCAGCAUCGUGACAUCUUGCUUGAGUUGACUAGAGAUGGUCCCGUUAAUGCCACCUGUCCUGCGGCAUCUCAGAUAGCGAACAUAGCUGCAACGCUUUUUGACGAGGACUCCAUAGCUGCCAUCUUACGGGAAAAUAACAUCGACAAUACUGAGCGUAAUCGAUUUUUAUACUUACGUUCUGUUGCGGCACAGCUGCUCUGUUCCGAAAACAUUCUUUCCCAUAGGCUUAAUGCUUCACAGUUAUAUCUUCAAAACGUAGCCCAGUUCAUGCAAAAAUAUGCCCCAACCCUUGCCGGUGGGGUACUGGCAGAUGCAGAUAGCAGGGAGCGUAUAGUAAGCAUGGUUAGCGCAGAUAUUAAUAAGCUCCGUACCAAUUAUGGAUCUAAGCUUCUCAACACUCAAUCAGCCGUGGCCCAACUGGUGAGGGAAAAUGACUCGCUCAAAGCAGAGUUGCUUCACUAUAAACAAAUAGUUGGUAGUGCGCUGACCGACGCGACCCCUAUAGCUUCCACUGUCCAACAGCUGAAGCAGCGUGAUGCUCUCUUCUUUGAGCUUCUUGGUCUUUAUGAAAAACUGCUUCGCGGGAACAACGGAGAAGAGGAACAGCUGAAAUCUUAUCUGAACGAUAUCACGCUCUUUAAGGCAGAACUUCAAAAGAGCACUAUCAACUACGAACAGCUUGCACGGGACCGUACAAAUAGCGUAAUCACAGACACUAUACACAACUAUUUACACGUUGUACAGUCGGAACUAGACGAUAGAACAGAGCAGCUAGCGGUUAUCAAAAAUAACCUUAUAACCGAGCGAUCUAACACGGAUCUGAUUUGCGAACACUCCAGAGUCUUAGAGGACCGCAUUGCAAGGUUGGAGGCAGAAAAUUACAACUUACGACUCUUAUCGAAGGAAAGCUCUGUGCAUGCAGACCUUUCGUCUCUUAUGGCUAGUACGCCUCUGCUCAGCUACUAG